AUGGACUGCAAGGUAUUGGUACUUGGUGCAGGUGGUCUAGGAUGUGAGAUUCUGAAAAAUUUGACGAUGUUAGGUUUUGUUACACAGGUUCAUAUCAUAGACAUGGAUACCAUCGAACUGACCAACCUAAACAGGCAAUUCCUCUUCCAUGAUGCAGACAUAGGUAAGGCAAAGGCUCUAGUAGCAGCCCAAUAUAUCAGCUCAAGGUUCCCUCGAUUGCAAGUCGUCUCACAUGUGCAAGAUCUAACCACAUUGCCUCCGAGUUUCUAUAGGGACUUCCAGUUUAUCAUUUCGGGACUGGAUGCCAUUGAGCCCCGCCGCUUUAUCAAUGAAACCCUUGUGAAGCUCACCUUGGAGUCUAAUUACGAAAUCUGCAUCCCCUUCAUAGAUGGUGGAACAGAGGGUCUCAAGGGCCACGUAAAGACAAUCAUCCCAGGCAUCAGUGCAUGCUGGGAAUGCUCCAUCGAUACUUUGCCCUCGCAUCAGGAUACCGUACCGAUGUGUACGAUCGCCAACAACCCCCGCUGCAUCGAGCACAUUGUGGAGUAUGUCUCCACGAUACAGUAUCCUGAACUGGAUAUCGAAUCUGCCCCAGAUGUGAAGCUUCUACUAGAGAGUUGCUACGAAAGAGCUGCGCAAUUCAAUAUUUCUACGGAGAAGCUAUCAACAAAUUUCAUCUUGGGUGUAAUCAAGAAUAUCAUACCCAGCGUCAGUACUACAAACGCAAUGGUAGCAGCCACAUGCUGUACACAGAUGGUGAAGAUUUACAAGGACCUCAUCGACUUGGAAAACGACAAUAACUUCACUUUGAUCAACUGCUCAGAGGGUUGCUUUAUGUACAGUUUUAAGUUUGAGCGGUUACCCGGCUGUCCUGUCUGUUCUUUCAAUCCUCGCUGA